AGAAAUCCCUCCUUCUCACCAUAUAUGCAGGCUCCAAGAAACUGAAGAAGCUAGCAUGGGAGAAGAAGAAGUAAUAUCGGAGGAGAAAGGCUGCAGGGACAUUAGCCUGAAAGAUCUCUCAGUGAAGCUCGAGGAAUUUGCGAAGGCCAGAGACUGGGAGAAGUACCAUAGUCCCAGGAAUCUACUCCUUGCUAUGGUUGGUGAAGUGGGAGAGCUGUCAGAAAUAUUCCAGUGGAGAGGAGAGGUGGACAGAGGGUUGCCAAAUUGGGAGGAAUCAGAUAAGGAGCAUCUGGGAGAGGAGCUGUCUGAUGUCUUGCUAUACCUUAUCAGGUUGGCUGAUAUAUGUGGCAUUGAUCUUGCCGAUGCUGCCGCCAAAAAAAUUGUCAAGAAUGCAAUCAAAUACCCAACCCAAAGUCCUAUCAAAAUGUAGUAGUGCUGUUUCCUGAGCUUGAGAACACAUUUUGAUACAAGAAUCCUUUGUCAAUGAUGAUUAAUGCUCGAUUAUCUUUCUUUUUAUUAUUCUCUUUUCGGGA